AUGGAACUCAAUUUCAUUCUCACUAUUAUCAUUCCAAUUCUUCUUUCUGCAACCAUAUCUGCUGAAUACGUUCGCCCUUUGCCUCGAAACACCUUGAACAUCCCAUUCCCAUGGGAUUCCAAAUCCAACCCUUACUCUUACCCUCAACAGGUACACAUUUCUUUGGCAGGAGAGAAGCACGUGAGAAUAACAUGGAUAACUGAUGACAAACAUUCACCUUCAUUUGUAGAAUAUGGAACAUUACCCGGUAGAUAUGAUUCAAUAUCUGAAGGAGAGUUCACUUCUUAUAAUUAUCUGUUAUAUAGCUCUGGAAAGAUACACCAUACUGUUAUUGGACCUUUGGAAUACGGUACGGUGUAUUUCUACCGAUGCGGCGGACAAGGUCCUGAGUUCGAACUCAAAACUCCUCCGGCGGUGUUUCCAAUUACUUUUGCUGUGGCCGGAGAUUUGGGACAAACUGGUUGGACUAAAUCAACGUUAGAUCAUAUUGAUCGUUGUAAAUAUGAUGUUUACCUUCUUCCGGGUGAUCUUUCGUAUGCUGAUUGUAUGCAACAUCUUUGGGACUCGUUUGGUAGGCUAGUGGAGCCGCUCGCGAGUGCGAGGCCGUGGAUGGUAACGCAGGGAAAUCAUGAAGAGGAGAAUAUACUAUUGUUAACGGAUGAAUUUGUAUCGUAUAAUUCGAGAUGGAGAAUGCCAUUUGAGGAAAGUGGAUCAGCUUCAAAUCUUUAUUAUUCUUUUGAAGUUGCAGGUGUUCAUGUUGUUAUGCUUGGGUCUUAUGCAGACUAUGACGUGUACUCGGAACAAUACCAAUGGCUAAAGGAAGAUCUGUCAAAGGUGGAUCGGAAAAGGACACCUUGGCUGCUUGUGUUAUUUCAUGUGCCGUGGUAUAAUAGCAACAGGGCUCAUCAGGGUGCAGGGGACGAUAUGAUGGCAGCCAUGGAGCCAUUGCUUUAUGCUGCAAGCGUUGAUCUAGUUCUCGCUGGUCAUGUUCAUGCUUACGAACGUUCGAAACGCGUGUAUAACGGAAGAUUGGAUCCUUGUGGCGCUGUUCAUAUAACUAUCGGCGAUGGUGGAAACAGAGAAGGCUUAGCUCAUAGAUACAUAAAUCCACAGCCAAAGUGGUCGGAAUUCCGCGAAGCGAGUUUUGGUCAUGGUGAGCUGAAGAUUGUAAACUCAACUCAUGCGUUCUGGAGUUGGCAUAGGAAUGAUAAUGACGAGUCAGUUAAGGCCGAUGAUAUCUGGAUAACCUCUUUGAUAAACUCAGGAUGUGUUGAUCAGAAGAGACACGAGCCCGAGCUCAGGAGUAUGCUUGUAACACCCUAA